GAUCAACUAGGCGGGAAGUCAACAUUUAGGUUCUUCCAGUUGAUCAGAGGGAGCUAUUGGCUGCAAGUCGUGGGCGUGGCUUGCAACGACGUUGGUUUUCGUCACUAUCGGGGAGGGGCUGAAAGGGAGACCUGCGGUGGGAUGCUGCACUGGCCCAACCUCAGAGUUGUCAAGAGGUAGCAAGAUGGUCGUGAGGCACAUUAGGACACGGAAGCAGUUCCAUACACUGCUGCGGGAAGAGGAGGAGACCCUGAUCGUCGUAUUCUUCGCCGCGCGAUGGUGUAACAAUUGCUCCAACAUCAAGCCCUUCUUCCGCACGAGGUCUGAGCAGUACCGGGAUGUCAUUUUCGCGGAGGUGGAUGUGGAUGAGUCGGAAGACCUGGCCCGAGCUGCUGGUAUCAGCUGCAUGCCCACAUUCCAGUUCUACAGCUGUCAGGAAAAGGUUGCAGAGUUCUCCGGGACCAGGAGAGACAAGUUAGAUCACUUGAUAAUGCGACUGAAGUAAUUCUCACGAGUUACAAGCAAAAAAAAAAUUAAAUACACCUGUCCUCUGAA